AUCGGUUUUUAACGAUAACUAUUUUAGGUUACACAAAUAAAAAACCAUUAGUUGUAAUGUGUCACUGCCAUGAGUGCCAUUAAGGAGUUCUUUAAGGAGGAGUGCCAACUCCAUAUGGUUGGUUUAGAAUACCAAAAACCAUCUCAUUUUUUUCUAAGCGCUUGGCAAAAUACGCGUUCACCAGUGCCACUUUUAAUAUGGAGAAUUCUGCUUUUCUUGACUUCUGUAGGCAUUGUCCUCACUUCCUUUAUAACAUAUGUUUUAAGUCCAAUUUCUGUUGGAUUCUGGUUCAUAUAUCUGACUCACUGGGGACUAGUUAUGAUGGUGCUCGCAACUGGAUUUGGAGUAGGAAUCUCAGCUCGUUGUUAUUUAUAUGGGCCAAUUGGAACUCAGUUCUCGCUGCCGUGGUACGUAAAAACCUACUGGAUUUUAUAUAACAUCUCAGUACCGCUGGCUUUUCUCAUCACUGUAUUUUACUGGACCUUACUAUAUGAAGAGGGUGUUGAAGAGGAAGUGAGUCGAGGUCUCGACAUAGCCAUACAUGGAAUUAACUCCCUGGUAAUGUUUCUUUUUCUGCUCGGCGCGUCACACAAAAUUCGAAUUGUACACGUAGUGCAUCCCAUAAUUUUCUCCUGCAUCUACGUCGUCUUUAAUCUCAUAUACUACAUCGCUAAUGGAACUAAUCCGUUAGGUGACCCAUACAUUUAUCCAGUGGUAUAUUGGGGCAAUCCUGGGACUGCGAUAAUAGUGAUAUUUAUAACACUCUUACUGCUAGUAAGCUUGCACUUCGUUACUAUUGGAUUGGCGGCAGCACGAGACGCCAUUGCCAACAAGAUUUUGCGACCUUCAGUUACGGUCAACACUCAGGAGGACAUUGCGUUGAGGACCAGAGGGACGACGGAAGCGACAGUUUGAGCUGUUUUGCUGUUACAUCCGACAAAAUUAGAUUUUAAGAUGUUUUUUAGUCGCUUUUUAUGUUUGCACUAGAACAAAAACAUGCAGGCCGCGAUACUUUUUAACAUAAAAUACGUCAUUAUGUAUAUUUAGCCAUAUUUUGAUAUUGUUCAGUAUUUUAGUUUGCUACUAUAUGGUAUAAGCAGUUCUUCAAUAAGUUUAAUGAUGAAUGAACGAUAUGUGUAAUAAAUAUUCCCAUCGAUUAUGUCCUGAAUGUUAACUAUAUUGGUAGAUUUUCAAAUUUUGAAUAAUAUAUUUAUUUUAUUCCU